AUGGCGGGGACGGCGCGCCAUGACCGGGAGAUGGCCAUCCAGGCCAAGAAGAAGCUCUCCACGGCCACCGACCCCAUCGAGAGGCUGCGGCUGCAGUGCCUGGCGCGGGGCUCCGCGGGCAUCAAAGGACUGGGCAGAGUGUUUCGAAUCAUGGAUGACAAUAAUAACCGAACUCUUGAUUUCAAAGAAUUCAUGAAAGGGUUGAAUGACUAUGCGGUGGUCAUGGAAAAGGAGGAGGCCGAGGAGCUCUUCCGGAGGUUCGAUAAAGAUGGAAACGGCACCAUCGACUUCAACGAGUUUCUCCUCACCUUGAGACCUCCCAUGUCCAGAGCCAGGAGGGAGGUGAUCAUGCAGGCGUUCCGCAAGCUGGACAAGACCGGAGAUGGCGUCAUCACCAUCGAAGACCUCCGCGGGGUGUACAACGUGAAGCACCAUCCCAAGUACCAGAACGGAGACUGGUCUGAGGAGCAGGUGUUCCGGAAGUUUCUGGAUAACUUUGACUCCCCCUAUGACAAAGACGGAUUGGUCACCCCCGAGGAGUUCAUGAACUACUACGCGGGCGUGAGCGCAUCCAUCGACACCGACGUGCACUUCAUCGUCAUGAUGAGAACCGCCUGGAAGCUCUGA